CAGUGGUUCGCUGCUGUACCACGCAUGUACGAAUCAACAACCGUUAGCAAAGCCAUCCUUCACGAGUCACGACACGCAGUUGCAUUCAUGAUGCUCUGCUUACCUUCUGGGUUCAAGCUGGAUCCGGCCUCGCCAGCGUACAAGGCGGAGGUUCACGCUGUUGGAGUCGAAGCCGAGAAGAAGACCCUUGAAUACUUGGCUGCACAAGGCUCACAGGCUGUAGCCGUUGCCUCGGUCGUCAAAGCCAUGCGUGCGCUUCACAAAGCAGGCCACCUUUCCGUCCUCCUUGACCAGUUUCGCGAGCGCUACUAUGAAGGCGAAGUCGUCGACCCGACACCCAAUUCUGCCCUUCCGCCAUUCCUGCGCUUCACCUAA